GAUGUCAGCUAUGCUGAAACAAGCUAUCCAUCGAAGCAAGAACAGUUUGAAACAGACCUGAGGCGCCCUUACAGCAAGGCGCCAUUGCAUCCUUCACCUAAACUAAGAUUAUCUAUCAACGCUAAAACUAUUUGUCCAGCAGAGAAUCGGGCAGCUUGUGAGGAGCUCCGGAUAAUGGGAAGGUCGCCGCGCAAACGGAAGGACUGGGCCGACGCUGCGCAAACGCCAGAAGAAACUGGCACGCCGGGCCGCGCCGCCGGCGCAUUAGAUGGCUCGCCGAUGCAAGAAAGCCCCGCCCAGCGAGGAACCACCUCCAUCGCCGGCCCCUCGGCCGCAGCCCCGGCCAGCGUGGAGACGUGGCAGCGCUGCUGCGGGGUGUUGCGGGAGGCGGUGGUGGACGCCGGCAGCACAGCUGCUGCGCUAGUGCCGCUGCGGCCCUCGCUACGGCGCAUCAAAGACGACUUGGUGCGAGUGCUGGACGAGGCGGUCACCUCCACCAACGGCAACGCCUCACUGCUGGUGCUCGGGCCGCAGGGCACCGGCAAGACCUUGGUGGUCGAGCGCGCUCUGCAGGAGGUGUGCGCCCGGCACAACGGCGCCCUCAACACCGCUGCCUCCACCGCCGCCGCCGGCACCUCCACCAGCACUGCCGCGGCCGCACCGGCCGCGCCCUCCACCUCCGCCCCCGCCCCUGCCAAUGCCUCCGCCGCCUCGGUGGCCGCCUCGGUGCGCAACGUGGGCGUGGUGCGGCUGAACGGGCUGCUGCAGCCGGACGAACGCACGGCCUUCCAAGAGGUGGCCCGCCAGCUGUGCCGCGACUUCGGGCAGCGGUUCGUCAAGAGCGCCAGUUUCGACGAGAACCUGGUGUUUCUGAAGGGCAUGCUGCACGCGCUAUACAAGUGCCUGAAGAAGGUGGUAUUUGUGGUGGACGAGUUCCAGCAGUACGCCAAGAAGGGCAAGCAGCAGAUGCUCUACUACCUGCUUGACAUGCUGCAGGACAGCAAAAUCCAGGCUGCGGUCAUCGGCAUCAGCGCCGCACACAACGUGGCGGAGGACCUGGAGAAGCGCGUGCUCAGCCGCGUGGGCCGCCGCCGCGUCAUCGUCACCUUCCCCGCGCGCGAAGAGGACGUUGUGACCGGCGCGGCGCCGGGCGGCUCCAGCCCCGGCGGCAGCGCCGCUAUGCGCAGCCCCGGCGCCACUGCUGCAGCUACAGCUACUGCUGCUGCUACUGCGGGGGGCGCCGCCGCCGCCUCCAGCACGGACUCGUAUGAGGGGCUGCUGCGCGACAUGCUGGCGCUACACCCCGGCAUGGCGGCAAUGGCCCUGGCGCAGGGGCAGGGGCAGGGGCAGGAGGCGUCUGCCGUGGCGUCAGCGGCGGCGGAUGAGCACAACGCCGCACUUGCGGCGGCGCUGCGCAGCCCGCCCAUCAAGGCAGCUGUGGCGAAGCUGGAGGUGCUGGGCAGCCCGCCGCAGCACCUGGCGCUCGUGGCGGAGGCGGCGCUGGCGGCGUGGGGCGCGGACCUGGCGGCGGCUGAGGCGGCGGCAGCGGCGGCUGGGACACGAGCGGCGGCGCCUGUGCCGCUCGGCGCCUCCCACCUGCUGACUGGACUGCGGGGCGUCGUGGACGCACCCGAGCGAGCACUGGUGGAGGCUGUGUCUGGCCUGCCGGUGCUGGCGCUGGUGCUGCUCGUGGCGGCGCACCGGUUGCAACGCAAAGGGCAGCCCAUGUGCAACUUCGAGAUGGUGUGGGACGAGUACCGGUCCAUCCAGGGCCAGCGCGGCGCCAUCACCUUCACCAAGGAGGCGGCCGCGGCGGCUUGGCAGAGCCUGCCGCUGAGCGGGCUGGCGCACUACUCGGACUCACACCUGGAGACACGCGGCCGAGACCUGUCGUACGCGGGUGUGGUGCUGCUACUUGGCUCCAGCGAACUCGAUGCAGGGCUGCGUGAGCACCCGCACUGCCCUGACGCCGUCACGCGCUUCCACAUGCAGGAGAUCUGAGCGGGCUGCAGCCGCCACUGCUGCUGUGUGGUGUGUGCUGCUGCUUGUUGCCUGGUUAGUUGCGGGACCACGGUAGUCCUGCGUCCUUGGCUGGGGCACCAGCAGGCGGCAGCAGCACGUGAGCGAAGGUCGGGACACGGAUUAAAUGCCGCCGGCGCUGACUGCUUGCAGAGUAUGCACGUGUUUGGAAAGCGCAAGGGGGUAGAUAGUCGCUAAGAGUCGACACAGCAGAGCUUGCAUGCAUUUUUUGCAUGUGCAGCCGCCAGAUCCUGUACGUACGUGCGUGCAGCUCCACCUGGGGUGUAAAUGCUGAGUAGAAAGGUAAUUGGUCCCGCUGAUUCUUCACACGCAACUACGCACGCAUUGCACGCGUUCGCUGGCAAGGGUGCUGUAGUGAUUGCUGCCUGAGGUCUGAGGAAGAGGCGCGUAGGCGGUGAAGAGCACGCAGGUUACGGGACAGGAUAUUAAUGUAUGCGUGCAACAAAUGCUCACGGUCUCGCUCGUGCGUGCAUGCAUGACACGUACACGGCCACGGCCUCGCACAUGCAAGUAACCCAGUGCUUACUCUUCCGCCCUCAAAC